GGGCGAGAGCUGACGGCGCCGCCGAGGCCGUAGGCUCCAGGCUGACCCCGAGCUGAGGUUAACAUUACACGGAGGUUUCACUGAGAUCCAGAGAAGACCCCCAACAACUCCGAGGCUGGUGAGCAAACAGGUGCUGGUACCCACAGAUCCCACAGAACUCAGCUGCUUUCUCACCAACUUUGCAGUUUGAGGAGCAAUCUUCUUCAUAGUGUGCUCUUGGGAGACGAAGACCUUAAGCAUCACACCUUUCAACCUGGAGAUUUCGUGUACUGGAAAAGACACCUCGAGAAAGACUCUCUUCAGCCUCACUGGAAAGGCCCCAUCAGGUACUGCUAACCUACCCUUGUGCCUCCAAACUUCAGAGAACAGACUCUUGGAUUCAUGUGACACAUCUAAGAAAGCACCAGACCCUAACUGGACCUGCACACCAUCUGGUGACCUGAAGGCCUGUGCGUGCAUCUCACCCCACCACGGCCAUGGCCCUGGUUAGCAUCAACCAGCUGCCCGAGAGCAUCCUGCUGGAGGUGUUCACGCACCUGCCCGCCCGCCAGCUGCUGCUGAACUGCCGCCCUGUCUGCAGCCUCUGGCGCGACCUCAUCGACCUUGUGACCCUCUGGAAGCGCAAAUGCCUGCAUGAGGGCUACGUCACUGAGGACUGGGACCAGUCCGUGGCUGACUGGAAGGUCUUCUACUUUCUGUGCAGCCUCCGCAGGAACCUCCUGCGCAACCCGUGUGCCGAAGAGGAUAUGAGAUCCUGGAAAAUCGACUCCAAUGGAGGGGACCAGUGGAAGGUGGAGAGCCUCCCCGGGGCGCAUGGCACAGACUUCCCUGACCCCAAAGUCAAGAAGUACUUUGCCACGUCCUAUGAGAUGUGUCUCAAGUCCCAGCUGAUAGACCUCAAAGCCGAGGGCUACUGGGAGGAGCUACUGGACAAGUUCCGGCCGGACAUCGAGGUUAAGGACUGGUUCGCCGCCAGAGCAGACUGUGGCUGCACCUACCACAUUCGAGUACAGCUGGCCUCGGCCGACUACAUCGUCCUGGCCUCCUUCGAGCCCACGCCCAUGACCGUCCAUCAGUGGAACGAUGCCAGGUGGACAGAGAGCUGGCAUCCUCAGACUUCGGGGAGCAUCAGAAUCACCAGGGAAUCGCUGGCUGUGCAGAUUCCCAGGUUCCCCCACCGGAGAGAGGCUGAGUCUGUAGAUCUGAGCUGGGCCGGGAGCCCCAGUGAUUUAACAAGCCCCAAACACCAGUUCUGAAACUGGAUCAAGGAUCCCCUCCCUUGAGAACCCCCAGUGAGCUGGUGGCUCUCCCUGCUCUCAGCGCCAAGUGCCCAGGUGGGGCGAUGACAAGCAGGUGGCCACAGAGCUAGCGCACAGUGAGAGCCUACCGAUGCCAGGCGCUGCCGCAAGACGUGUAAUGAAUGCCCUGCCAUAGGCAACGCCCUCGCUCUCAUGGAACUCUGGUUUUCAGAGCCUCCCAGCGGUCUCCCUGCCCACCCUCCCACACCAGUCUCAUCUCACCUUGAUGACCUGGAUCUUCUCCAUGUUGCGAGUGGCAGCUUCUCUCGUGUGCACUAAGACUGUGAAGGUACAGCCUAAAGAGGCCAGAGUUUGGUCAAGCCUGGGCCACCCCAUGCCUGCUGCGUGGCACAGCCUCUUCCCACCUCCCUAGCUGGCUCAGCAGCCCCGCAAAGCAGAGUGUAAACCCAGUGCUCAGACAAGUCACAGUCAACAGGGAGACUAAAGCCCAGGUGGAGUCCAUCAGGGAAGCUUCCUGGAGGAGGUGGGCUUUCAGAAGGGUUCUAAAAGGCAGGAAGGAAGAGAGGAGGCUUGGUGCAGCCAAGUAGGGACCUGAGGACACAGACCAACACAGGUAGCCAUGGAAAUGCCCAGGGAAGAGGGGGUGGGAGUGAGCACACCUGGGGGGUUGUGGUCCAGGACAGCAUCACAUACACUGAUCUUCAGGAUGAAGGCUCGGAGCAGCUGCUCCACGUGAGACAGCAGGGAGUCUGAGCUGGGAAGCAGAGAAGAGGAGGGUGUCCCUGCACAUGGGUGUCCCCCUCCCACCAGCAGGCAAGCAACCCCGGAAGCAGCCCUGGGGUUGCAGUGUCCCCCUAGUGCUUCUGAGUGUAUUGACUUCUGAGGCCCUGGCUGCCUGUCUCUACACAGUUGACAUCAUCUGGGGAGUUGAAAACUAAAGCCGAGUCCCAUCCCAGGCUAAUUAAGUCAGAAUGUGGGGGGGAAGGGGCACAGGGAACCCCAGUAGGUGGUUCUAAUGUGCAGCCCAGUCUGAGAACCGGGACACCAAGCCGGGAAGGGACAGGGCUUGCCCGAGGCCACAGAGCAAGUGGGGACAGAUUCUAGUGCCCUGACCUCACCACACGAAGCUGGCAGCUGACCAGCCCAACACACCCAUCCAAGGUCAACUUCUAGUUGACUAGGGACUGGAUGGAUGCUUGACUGGGAAGUCAGGAAACUGGGUCUGUGUCCUGCCUCUGGGUGACCAGGUCAAGAUCAUCUCUUGGGACCCUGGUUUCUCCAUCUAUAAAAUGAGGUUGGGGGCUUCCCUGGUGGCGCAGUGGUUGAGAAUCUGCCUGCCAAUGCAGGGGACACGGGUUCGAGCCCUGGUCUGGGAAGAUCCCACAUGCCGCGGAGCAACUGGGCCCAUGAGCCACAAUUACUGAGCCUGCACGUCUGGAGCCUGUGCUCCGCAACAAGAGAGGCCGCGAUAGUGAGAGGCCCGCGCACCGCGAUGAAGAGUGGCCCCCGCUUGCCGCAACUGGAGAAAGCCCUCGCACAGAAACGAAGACCCAACAC